AUGGGAACCUUUUUGUUCAAAUGGGAGCAUCCUGCCUCCGAGGUCUAUGUGACGGGCACAUUCGACGAUUGGAAGAAGACAGAGAAGCUAGAAAAAGUUGGCGAACACUUCGAGAAAGCGGUGACACUUAAAGAUGCAUCAGCUAAGAUAUUUUAUAAGUUUGUCGUCGACGGUAAUUGGGUCACCGACCACACCGCACCGAAAGAAAUUGACGAGAGCGGUAACGAGAAUAACAUCCUAACCCCUGAUCGUAUUAUUAAAGAAGAGCCUGCAACCGCUGCUAUCAUGAAUACUGUUACACCGGACUCUACAACUGCUGCUUUGGCUGCAGCUGUGCCGCUGGAGAAGAAGAAUGAGGAACUUCCAGGCACUUUUCCCGAGACCCCCGCUGCGGAACUCGACGGGGCCGGCGAUUUUGGAGUAAACCCCCUGCCGGCUGCUGCUGGAGCCGUCAACCCUAUCAAGCUUGCUCCGGGCGAGAAGAUCCCCCAGGGUCUUACUGCCAAUGGCACUACCGACCAAGUUAAGUUAGAUCCCGAGUCGUACGAGAAGAGCGACACCAUUCCAGGUGGCCUGCCCCUUACCCUGAACUCUGCCGCGCCGUUGUCUACAACUGCUGUUUUGGCGGGGAGCGUACCCCUCGAGCCAAAGGUUCCUGAGGUAGUAAGAGAGAGCCAGGAGAAAGCACACGUUGAUCCCGAAGCUAGCGGCAUCGCAGAGGAGGUCAAGGAGAAAGCCGAGGUCGAGAGCGAGCUUCUAGACAAGGUAAAGGAAGCCCCCACUACCUCCGAAGGCACUGCUGGGAAAGGCACCGAGAAGACGGAGGAUGUUGUUACUCCCGGCGAGGCUGCUGCAUCUGUUGCGGCUGCGGCUACUGCUGUCGGCGCCGCUGCAGUCACUGGUGCUGUUGCUGCCAAGGACAUCGCUGUUGAGAAGGCUACAGAUGCCGCUACCGUAGCUCAAGCCUCUGUUAUCGAAGCAGCCGCGAAUCUGCCUGACUCGGUUAAGGCACAACUUCCAGAGUCUGUUCAAAAUGCCAUCGGAACCACGAAUAAGGAGGAGACCCGCGAAGAAGUCUCCCCUGAGGUACCUGCUGAAGUCAAGGAAUCUAUCAUCGAGGCUGGAAAAGCCCCGGAAGCCGCUGCAAACACGGAAGCAGUCGAGGACAAGAAGGCCGUUGAAGCUGAGUUGUUAAAGGAGGUCAAAGCUGUCGACGCUGACAAGGAAGAUUCGGCUAAGCCAGCAGAGUCGACAGAAGUUAUUGCCAACGGUGCGAAUGGUGCCAACGGUGCCAACGGCCACCAGGAAACCGUAAAGCCUGUUGAACUUAAGAGAGUCCCAACCGACCCCACUGAGCCCGCCGAGACCACUAAACCCACCGCUCCGGCUACCCUGGCUGUUCCCGAAACUACGGCCCAGCCGACUGAGGCGACUAGCCCGACCAGCCCUGCCAAGCCAGCCAAUGGCGCUGCGGCUGAGAAGAAAAAGAAGAGCAGACUUAGCUCCAUCUUCGGCAAGGUUAAAAGCAAGCUGUCUAGCAAAUAA